AUGCGGGAGACAAGCGAAGGUGCGGGACUGAGAAUCUCAGACUUUGGCGAAGACUUGAGUGACGAUGAACUACAAUGCGCGAGAGCAAGCAUUCUCAUAUACUACAAGACGGCACGGUAUAUGACGGGGGAUGAUCAGAAGAAGGCGAAAGCUGAAUUGCUGAAAUGGGCGUUUUUACCGACUUCGGCUGGGGCAGCCCAACCGACUCAGAACAAAGUUAUACGACGAGCAAAGGGGACGGACAAGGUCACGCUGUGGCUGAUUGACUGCAUCUUUCCUGGAAUGGUCCCGAACACCAGGCGUUUGUAUGCGAGUCACCUUGAGACGCUCGCCAAGGCCUACCGGUCGCCGUAUCCUGCUUAUCUGGUUCCCCAAGCGAUCUCUCGAGUGAAACCACCUGAGGUGCGAUUGGAAUGCUUCCUGAUUACGCCAACCGGCGAGUGGACUAGUGUGUACCACUUGCCGUUGCUCUUGAGGGGUAAGUGGACAGGGCAGCCCAGGUACAAGUUCUCGGAAAAGGUGCAGAGGGAACUGGAGGGUGGAAAUGAUAUUGAGAGUGAUGAUGAGGGCGAGGAGAGUGAUGAGAGCGAGGAGAGUGAUGAGAGCGAGGAGAGUGAUGAGAGCGAGAAGAGUGAUGAGAGCGAGGAGAGUGAUGAGAGCGAGGAGAGUGAUAAGAGCGAGAAGGGUGAGGACCACGCUGAUGGAGGGGUCUCGCCGAGAAAGAAAUAUAGGCAGUCGCCCACGGCAAAGGGCAAACCAUCCUCUGUGAAGACCAAACCCACUAGCAAGUCGAACACGUUAUUCCAGAAAUCGGGCGACAAACCACUGGACCGACGAGGCACGGAUGGAGAUGGUGCAAGGAUGGAUGAACACGGUUUUUACAUCUUCCCUGCGGGUAGGCAUAAGCCGAGACCGGGUGAACCUUUUCUGGACACAGGAUUCACUUGGGCAAAGAUGGCGGAGGCAGCGACCAAGAACAAUGGAACCGUCUAUGCGUUUAUUGCGUCAGAAGGGUUGGACCCCACGCUUUUCGACUACGCGCAUAUCAAAGAUGAGACGGAGGCAUUAAUUGGUAUUACGGAAAACAGGAAAAAGCUGCAACGGCAACAGGACCCCAAGACCCGUGAGAGGUCGCCUGCUGAUGACGAUUAUCGCAGGAAGUCGUCUCGGUAUGAGAAGGAUCAUGCGAAACCGGAUCUGUUCACACAAUCUCGGCCUGCGGAGACUCAUUCCCACCAGCAGUUUGCUUUCCCGACAGCGGCGGCUGCCCAUCAAUUCCCAGUAAUGGGCGAUUUCUAUCAGACGCCCGUUUAUCCGCCUACCCAGGCAGUUUUCCCGCAAACCUCUACCGGCUUGGGGCUUGUUAGACCAUCGCGCGAUUACGAAGGAGCACUCGCAGAAGCGAUUAGUCGCCAUACCGCGGACCUGGAACAGACCGACCGCGAUAUCGUCAAGGCGAACCGAGAGCUCGCUAGCCUGCAUGCAAAGAGGGCGAACUUACAACUGCUGGUAAACUCGAUGUCGAGCCAAAUGGCGAUGAUGCGGCAAAAUGCAUCGGCUGGACAAAGCUAG